CUGCUGUUGUUUGCUGCCCAGCCAGCUCAAGUUCCAGGUCCAACCGAAAAGUCCCAGCAGCUGUUGGCCCGAGCUCCCGGUCACCCGCACAAGGCAGCUUGCCUUCAGCCACUCCAAGGUUUUGGCGCGCUCCUAUUGCUUGCGGCUGCACAACGGCCUGACCAACUUUUUGGGGCGGCGGGACCCAAUCGCAGAUCACACCUAUCGCAAACACCAAUCCCUGCCUAUCUUGUCGUUCGUUGGCUGCACCUUGAUCACACACUGGUCCUCGAGAUCCCAUUUGCAUCGAGAUCUGCCACACCCUCAUUGUCUAGACCCCCAACAACGCGAUCUCAGGAACUGCAGCCGCGUGUCAUCUCGGGAUCUCCGUCUCUUGCUUGCAGUUUCCCAGGCUGCAGACGCAGGAUGGCAGACAACAAGCCAGCAGACCCAGCCAAGGACGGUCUGCAGCAAGAGGAAAAGCUUGAAGAGAUGCUCGACCGUUUGAACCAGGUGCAUGUUCAGCUACGGCAUCUUCGCUCAGCGCUUCAGCGCAUGUUGGCGCCCUUGACCACCAAACAGCCAUCGCCCCAGGCUGCCUUUGCCGCAUACAUGCAGUCCGUUGACAGAGCCAACAAGGAAGUCGCAAGCUUCCGGGAAGCUCUUGUUGGCCUCCACUCUGACGGGGUCUUCGCUCAGGCUGGUGCCAGCCAAAAGGCAAACCCCAAGGGCAUCAAGGCAUGGCGUGCCCGUGAUGACCCAGACUGGGCCGACCCAGAUCCGAAGGUUAAACGGUCUCGGAUCUCCUGAUAUGCAACCAUAGCUAUGUAGGCGAAGGACGGAGCAGAACUGGUUAUUUUGAUUAUCAGGAGUUCGGAGUCGGAACAAAGAGCAACUGUUUUGGGCAGGAUCAAGACAUAAGAGCGUUUUCUUUGAUAACUGAAUCGGCGGAACAACACUGUU